GCUCUCUAUUGUUAUUUAAUUUACUAAAUUCGACAUGCAUAAACUAUGUAUACUUCAAAGUACAUAGAUAUACAUAACAUAUAUAAUCUGACCAUUGGAUAUGUAAUUUGCCGGAUUACAAGGUACUCUUUUGUAAAAAAUUCUGGCAGUGCUGUAGAAUCCGACAAAUUCGAUAGUCCGACACUGCCCUGCAUAAUGUUUGUCUGAUUACCGGAGGUAUCCAAAAAUAACCAGAAUAGCAUUGCAGUGUAAAAAAUAGGUAGGGGGAGGCUUGCAAAAAGCACUGUAUAAUGACUUGUUUUUACUGUAGAAUAUAAAGUGGCCAACUGAGAUGGUGGUCUUGAAAUAGUAAAUAUUUUUGCAAUUAACAGUUGAUAAAAAUGCUUAAGAAAUUCCACUGAUGUUGCAACAAGUGAACAUGUGAGAAAUCUUUUUUUUUAAACACAUCUGAUGUAAUUAAUUCUUAUCUUGUUUUUAGCAGUAGUUAUUUCCACAUAAGACAAAUCUGGAUAUAUAAAUUCUAUAACACUACAAUACAUUUCAGUUCAUACGCGUGUUUUCUUACAGGAACUUAAGCAAAUCAUAUUUUUCCUUCGCAAAACAAAACUUAAAAAAAUGCGUCUGAUGUAAGUAGAAAUGCAUUUCUGUUAUAGUGUGUUUGUAAACAAAGUGAAGUGAUUCUUUGUGCAUCAAUUUAUAUCUGGCCCAAAAUAAAACCACUUUUACUGUUUGGCGGGAUCCCAGGUACCAUGAAAUAUCUCAAGUUUAAGGACACGAAAAUUCUGCAGUUUGUAUUGCAAUUUUGCGUAUUCAAUAAGGUGACAAGUGCGUCUAGAUGUUAGUCCCAAAUUCUAUCGUACAGUAAGCAAAGAUUAAAACCUUGAAAAUGUGCCUUCCGAAUUGGAUCCAAGUUUAUAAGUGAGGGAGCCAAGCUCAUCGACGGCAAGAAAAUUGCCGAUGAUAUUCACAAAGAAUUGCAUCAAGAACUGACAGACUGGAUCGAGCAAGGUCACAGGGUACCAUGCUUGAUUGCCGUGUUGGUUGGUGAAGAUCCCGCUAGUGAGAAAUAUGUCAGCAACAAGAUGAUUGCUGCUAAAAAAGUUGGCAUUAAAAGUCAAACAAUAAGAAUGCCUGCUUCCACCUCAGAGGACGAACUUUUGAAGAAAAUAGACGAAUUAAACAAUGACAAAACUGUAGAUGGAAUUUUGAUACAGCUGCCUGUCCCAGAGCAUAUUUCCGAAAGGAAAGUCUGCCAAGCUGUCGACCCUAGGAAGGAUGUAGAUGGAUUUCAUUUGACAAACAUAGGAAAACUAACCUGUAAUUUGGACACAUUUGUACCUUGUACAGCUUUGGGAGUGAUUGAACUUUUGAAAAGAUCACACAUAAAAACUUUCGGUAAGAACGUUGUAGUGUGCGGUAGAUCAAAAAACGUUGGUCUGCCCAUAUCACUGCUAUUACAUGCUGAUGCUAGAAACGAGCUACCUGGACAUGAAGCCACUGUCAUCUUGUGCCACAGAAAUACGCCCCCAGAGGAGCUGACAUUCUUCGCUAAGAGAGCGGACAUCAUCAUCAGUGCUACAGGUGUUGUCAAUUUGAUCAAGCCCGAAAUGGUGAAACCUGGCGCUUGUAUCAUUGAUGUUGGUAUAACCAGGAUCACGACACCAGAAGGAAAAAGCAAAAUUGUUGGAGACGUCGACUUUGAAGGAUGCAAACCUAUUGCUGGCCACAUAACUCCCGUACCAGGCGGUGUUGGGCCAAUGACUGUGGCCAUGCUCAUGGUAAAUACCCUGACAGCUGCAAAGAAACUAGCUGAAGAACAGAAUGGAUCGUAGAAUGACAUUCAAUAUUUUACUUUUAAGGAUCUAAAGACUUGUAGUAUUGUUGGUGUUUAUGCAAAAAAAUAUUGUGAUUCUUUGAUGCAAUUCACGAUAAAUUUUUAAGCUUCCGUUAUAUUUUAUCGGGUAUUAUUUUUAAUACAGUAUUAAACAUUAUGUAUUUUGUACCAUUUGGAAAUGGUAGCAUUUCGUGAAAUAAAAGAAUAAAU